AUGGCCAUGCAUGUGGUGGUCUCGAUGGAAACUGUGGGCGACGAUGCUGCGGAGCCCUUCUUCACGGGCACCUUCGGAGGUUGCCAGAGGGAUUGGGAAGGCGAGAUCGGGAUCCGCUUCAUGGCGGAGGCCACCUUCGUGAUUACCUCACUGGGCCGGUAUGUGGGAGACAAGGAGGCCCUGGAGGAGGAGCGUUUGGUAACCUUGUGGCUCGCGGAGACUGAGACCAAGCUGGCCUCGGUCGAGGUGGGUCCAAGCUCACCCAUUAGCGACGGCUAUGCCUACACGGAGGUCUUCCCUCGUGUGAUCGUGCGGCUGGGUCGGGAAUACCGACUCACGCAGACGUGCCGGUGUCACAUGAAGGAUGCCUGGCCCGACGCCGCUGACAUUCCCACAUCGGAUAGGGUCGACCAGCGCUUUGCGAGGUUCUUGGGCGGAGCAUACGAUUUCCAUGGUGGCUACCCCUCCUUCUGUGAUGCGGAAGAUGGUCGUCGGGCCGGGAUGCUGAAUUUCAAGGCCGUCCCGGGCAUUGCGACGUUGCCUAUAUGUCCAGAGAUGACUGUCUACGAGCUGAAGCAACAGCUUGAGACCGUCACCGGCGUGCCCCCUGUACAGCAAAAGUUGUCUUUUGGUGGCCGGCUCAUGUCGAAGAACGACGUGGCUCUGGCAAGCCAGGGGGUGGAACAUGGACAUCUCCUGGUGCUGGCUGUGCAAGCGGGCUCUGUUCUCGCCACUGCAUCAAAGGAUGGCACAGCCAGGCUUUGGUCCGCCGAAUCCGGAGAGUGCUUGCGAGUCCUUGCCGGGCAUCGCCACAGCGUGGUCAGCAUCGAGUUUGCUCCGAGUGGUAGCUCCAUAACCACUGCGUCUCUGGACGGCACCGCCCGAAUCUGGAGUGUGGAGACCGGCUCCUGUUCGGCGGAACUCACUGGCCACACUGCUGAAGUCUUUACGGCCACCUUCGCACCCUCGGGUGGUCAGGUGUUGACGGCCUCGCAAGACCACACAGCACGAGUGUGGUCCUUGGAUGGAACUUGCACGCACGUCCUGGGCAAGCAUUUGGGUGCCAUCUCCGCAGCUAGAUUCUCCCCGGAUGGUUCGCGAAUCGUCACAGCCUCCACCGACUGCACCGCUCGUGUUUGGGAGCCUGUCUUCGGCACGUGCCUGCUCACGAUACAGGGCCACAGCGGCAGCGUGUCCAUCGCCGCGAUCUCUCCUGACAGCACGAUGAUGCUUACCAGCGCCAUCGACACGCAGGGGGUCCUUCUGCGGGAUGCCAGUUCGGGCCAUGUCAUGAGGCGACUCUGUGAUGGGCUGCUUGUGCACACAGCUGCCUUCUCCCCUGACGGCUCCAUGAUUGUCGCCGCCUGCUGCGACUGGGCAGCGCGUCUCUGGAGCUGCGAUGAUGGCCAUUGCCUGCAGGAACUCCGCCACGAAGCACAGCUUCGACGUGCGGACUUCUGCGCUGACGGAUCGCUGGUUGUAACGAUCUCUGCGAACCACGCGGCCUUCGUUUGGCAGGUGGCGACUGGGAAGCUGGUGCAAACGAUCUCCCAGGCUGGUCGAGUGGUUUGUGCUGCCUUCAGCCCUGACAGCGUUAAGCUUGUCACUGGCGGGGAGGAUGCCGUGGCCCGCGUGUGGGAUGUCGCAAGCGGAAACUGCAAAGUCGUGCUUGCUGGACACGAGGUCAAGAUCGAAAGCGCCGCAUUUUCACCUUGA